AAUUGAUUUCUAACUUAAUUUAUCCAUAUUAUAAAUACAAGAUCUUUCAUGUUUAUUCUCUUCAUCUUUUGCAAGACAAAUUAACUUCUAAAACUUAAUUUCUCUUUGGAAUCUUUUAUUAAAUUCUAUAAUAUUCAAAUGGCGCUUCAUAUACUACCAAUCCUCACUUUCCUUUUUAUUGGUUUUAUGGUUAGUCAGGCAGCUUUACCACCUGAAAUUUACUGGAAAAAAAUGUUGUCAAAUAGUGACAUGCCAAGAGCUAUCAAGAAUUCCCUGCCAAAGCCUGAAUGGAUGGAAGACAAGAGCACAUCGGUAAAUGUAGGCAAAGGUGGGGUCCAUGUGAAUACAGGAGGAAAGCAAGGAGGAGGGACCAUAGUGAACGUUGGGCCUCACAAAGGAGUCAAUGUAAACACUGGAAAGCCCAAUGGAGGGCACACAAAUGUGAAUGUUGGCCCAAAAAGUGGAGUUAGAGUUCACACUGGUAAGCCCGGAGGAGGGCACACCGAUGUCAAUGUAGGCCCAAAAAGUGGAGUUGGAGUACACACAAGGAAACCCGGAAAAGGAGGAGCAGAUGUAGGAGUUGGUAAAGGAGGAGUCAUAGUAAGAUCUGGCCCAAAAAAGAAGCCUGUUUUUGUUGGAGUACACCCAGGCCCAAACCCAUUCAAUUACAAUUAUGCUGCGUCUGAGGCCCAACUUCACGAUGAUCCAACUCGUGCUUUAUUCUUCUUAGAGAAGGAUAUGAAACUUGGAAACUCAAUGAACUUGCACUUUACAAGGAGUACUAAUGCAGCCACCUUCUUGCCAAGGGAAGAGGCAACAUCAAUGCCUUUCUCUUCCAAGAAAAUCCCGGAAAUCUUAUCGGAAUUCUCGGUUCAACCUGAUUCCGAUGAAGCUAAAGUUAUCGAAGAAACAAUUAAAGGGUGUGAGGCAAAAGGCAUAAUAGGGGAGCAAAAAUAUUGUGCAACAUCACUUGAAUCUUUGGUUGAUUACGCGAAAAACUCCCUAGGAAAGAACGUUAAAGCCAUGUCUACAGAGGCCAAAAACAUACAAGACAAGGUCCAAAAAUAUACUAUUACUAUGGUGAAAAAGGUGGCCGAUGAUAAUGAAGCCGCGGUAUGCCACAAACAAAAGUACGCUUAUGCUGUGUUCUAUUGCCACAAAACUAAGGGCACAUCUGCAUAUGUAGUGUCCUUGAUGAGCCCGAAUGGGUCAAAGGCUAAGGCAAUGGCUAUAUGUCAUAAGGAUACAAGUGCUUGGAACCCUAAACAUUUGGCCUUCCAAGUUCUUAAUGUGAAGCCUGGAAGUGUUCCUAUUUGCCACUUUUUACCUGAGGAUCACAUUGUUUGGGUUCCCAACAACUAGGUUUUCUUGUGCUCUUAUCUUAUUAUAUAGUUUAAUCUUCAUCUUAUGGUUUUGAAGAAUUUUACACUUUCAUUUUAGUAUUUCUACGUGUUGGUUGUUGUGUGUUAUACGUAGUAUUACCUCUGUUUCAAAAAGAUCUUUACACUUACUAUUUGCACGGACUCCAAUGCAAUGUUUGAUCGUUAAUAUA